AUGAGUUGUCAUCCAAACGAAAAGGAUAUCGACAAUGAUGAGCCUCAAAUGGUACCAGUGACAUAUGCAACGGUGUCUUCGGCUCAUGAUCCACAGGAAUUCUCAGAGGCACAAACAAUUGUUGUUGGCAUUGAAGAAGCGUCAUCUGGUCUUCUACAGCAUCCACAACCCCGCCAGCACGCGCCUCUGCCGCAUGGACGGCAGUCGUCACCACCCAACACGGAUGCGUCAAUCCAUCCAGCAUCCAUCCAGGUUGUCACAUUUGAUGAACAACCCACGAAUGGGGAUGAUGUUACAGGUGGGAUGGAGCACGACGUUUCUGGACUAGGCGACAAUAGUGUACGACAGGAGUCAACUCCAUUGCUACAUCAGAAUGGAGGGGCCGUGGACUUGAAUAUCAACGCACUAACAACUGAGAAUCAUCCUUAUGCAAACGAUUUCUUCGAUGAUGAUAUAACGUCCGAUGGACGUGCCAAAUGCCAUGACCUCACUUGGGCCGUUCUUUUCUGGGCACAUAUUGCCACAGUUGUGUAUGCCGGUACUCAACUGGCUCCACAAGGAUAUAGUAUGAUGCAAAAGAAUGACUUUGAUCUUCAGCAGCUCCACGACUUUAUGCAAGACAAUUUCAUCACCGACGACUUUACCGCUAAAGAUUUGGACCAGCUGACCCAUUUUCUAUACGAACUGCAAGUUUGGUGGGGUAUCUACCCUAUACGUAUACUGUGGUUUGGAAUAGCAGUGGCAGUAGUGUCUUUUGGGCUAAAUAUGUUCAAGAUUUACUUCAUAAUCAGAGCUCAUACCCCAUUUUUUGUUGCUGCGAGUUUGAUCAUUCCUGGUGGCAUCUUUGGUUGUCUCCUGAUACUGAUGAUGUCGGAUCAGGGGCUCUUUGGGUUUCUAUUUUGUGUGACCGUGCUUGGCUUCCUUGCACUUUACAUUCGCAAGUUACUUUGGCCAAAACUACAUUUUGCGGCGCUGAACCUUGAAAUCGCUUUGACGGGGAUUGGAAGCAAUAUGGGGACCUAUGUGUGGACAUUUGCGAUGGUCGAGAUCACUGUUUUGUGGAUUGUGUUUUGGUGCUAUACUGUCCUUGGGAUGAUUCAAUACAUCCAACGAACGCAAUGUCCCGAUAUCAAGUUCGAUCCACAAAGCGAUAACAAUGACACUUGCGGUCCCUCAACUGCUGUGUUGGUGGCAUUACUUUUCUCGCUCUUUUGGACCCUAAAAUGCGUCGGGAACACGGUCCAAGUGUAUGUUUCGGGAGUCAUGGCUACCUGGUGCUUUGACAAAGAAACAGCACAAGGAUUCUGCUCCAGCGCCGUAACGAGCUCCAUGUACCGAAGCAUUUCAUUUUCCUCGGGUCCAAUCGCAUUCGGUAGCUUAUUCCAAGGCGCCUGCAAAGUAUUGCGGUGGAUUCUUGGCCACUCGAAUCGGAACCUACAAGACGCCAACGAUGAUUGCCGAUGCUGUUGCUUUUGUAUUUGCGACCUCAUAUUGGAAUGUCUGUCAGAGCUAUUCGGGGAUGUGCUGGAAUAUUUCAAUCAAUGGGCCUAUUGCUUUGUUGGAAUCAACGGCACGUCUUAUCUUGAAAGUGGCAAGGCUGCAGCGAAUCUGUUCAAGCAGAGAGGUUGGACGGCAUUGAUAACCGAUCGUCUGGUAGCACUGGUACUUGGGUUCGGAAUACUUGAAGGCGGAGUUGUGACCGGACUGGUGGCUAUUGCCAUGGAACGACUUGUAACCUGGAGUACGUAUCGAGAUGACCACGCCGAUCUCCCGGAAUCUUAUGUCCUUGGCCCCCUAUGCAAUGUGCCCAUGGCAACUUUUCUAUUCGGCUUCGUCAUUGGGUGCAUCGUUUCAGGUGUCAUGAUGAACGUAAUCCAUGGUGCCGUCAAUACUUUGAUUAUUUGUUGGGCAAAAUCACCAGAAACCUUUACGGACAACCACAAGCAUUGGGCAGAUCGAAUGACAACUGUGUGGUCAUCAGCCUUCCCUGGAAGUCAAAAUCGCGACGGGGGCCGUGUAACAGACCUCUCCGAUUACACGACAUCAGAAGAAACGAGCAGCUUUCGGGGGUAUGGUGCCAUUGGAACAUCUAUAUCUUAG